AUGAGAUUUUUAACUUACUAUGAUAAACUAAGCUCUCUGGCUUAUUGUCUUAUCUUCUUGUAUGUUCAGCUUAUUGUCUCUGGUUCUGAUGAAGCAGAGGCUCUCCUCAAAUGGAAAGCCACCUUCCAAAAUCAAACCCAGCUGCAAAAUCUAACCUCAUGGACUCACCCUCCCAGUAAUGUCAAUGCCACCAACUCUUCUGGCAAUCCGUGCAAUAUGUGGACUGGUAUUUCAUGCAACAAAGCUGGAAGUGUUAACAGGAUAAACCUUACCAAUUCUGGUUUACAAGGUACGUUACACAAAUUCGCUUUCUCGUCUUUCCCUAAUCUUGAAUAUCUUGACCUCAGCAUCAAUAAAUUCUUGGGUUUCAUCCCACCUCAAAUCAGUUCCCUCUCCAAACUCAUUCACCUUGAUCUCUCUUCUAAUCAGUUUUCUGGGAAAAUCCCAUCAGAAAUUGGUCUCCUUACAAAUCUUAAGUUCCUGAAACUACAUGAAAAUAAGUUAAAUGGCUCAAUUCCUCAAGAACUUGGCCAGCUUAACUUUCUUAAUGAACUUCCCAUGUCCACCAAUAUCCUAGAGGGUUCAGUUCCUGCUUCUCUGGGUAGUAUGAGUUACCUGACUUCUCUGCAUCUUUUUGACAAUCACCUUUCUGGUUCCAUUCCUCCAGAACUUGGAAAUCUUUCUAAUUUGGUUGAACUCUACAUGGACACCAACAAUUUCACCGGUCCUAUUCCUCAAACUUUUGGAAACUUAAAAAAGCUGACCAUGUUGUAUUUGUUCAACAAUCAACUUUCUGGUUCUAUCCCUUCAGAAAUAGGAAAUUUGAAGUCUCUAAUGGAAUUACUCUUAUACAGAAACAAUCUUUCUGGUUCAAUCCCAACACAUUUAGGUUAUCUGGCAAACCUUACCCAUCUCUUUCUCGAUGAAAAUAAGCUUUCUGGUACAAUUCCUAAGGAGAUAGGGAACCUGAAAUCUGUUGUGGAUGUACACUUCAGCAAAAACUACUUAACAGGUCCUAUCCCUCCAAUUUUUGGUAACUUGAGAAAGCUAAAAGUGCUAUACUUGUUCGACUGUCAACUUUCUGGUAUCAUACCUUCAGAAAUGGGAAACUUGAAGUCUCUAGUAGAAUUAUUCCUUUACAGGAACAAUCUUUCUGGUUCAAUCCCAGCAUGGAUUGGUGAUAUGAGAAAUCUUACACAUGUCAAUCUGUUUGGAAAUAAACUUUCCGGGGCUAUUCCUAAGGAGAUUGGGAAAUUGAAAUCUAUGGUGGAUCUAGACUUGAGCCAGAAUCAACUCAACGGUUCAAUUCCCACUUCAUUUGGUGGUUUGAGAAACUUGGAAGUCUUAUCCCUCCGUGACAACCAACUCUCUGGCUCAGUCCCCCAAGAGAUAGAAAAUCUAGUGAAGUUGACUCUGUUGUAUUUAGAUACUAACCAGUUUUCUGGUUAUUUGCCCCAAAAUAUUUGCCAAGAUGGAUCACUCACAGAAUUUACAGCAAACAACAACCAUUUUGUUGGUCCAAUCCCCAAAAGCUUAAAAGCCUGCACCACCUUAUCCUUUGUCCGCCUUAGUUGGAACCAAUUGAUAGGCAAUAUAUCAGAAGACCUUGGUGUUUAUCCGAAUCUUCAAUUUAUGGAUCUAAGCCAUAAUAACUUAAAUGGUGAAAUCUCACACAAAUGGGGACAAUGUGCACAAUUAACAACCCUACUAAUUGCAGGAAACAACCUUACCGGUAGUAUACCACCUGAGAUUGGCAAUGCAACCCAAAUUCAUCAACUUGAUAUUUCUUCAAAUAGUUUAGUUGGGAUGAUCCCAAAAGAAUUUUGGAGACUGACUUCUUUGGUGAAGCUGAUGUUACAGGGGAAUCAACUUUCAGGUCGUAUACCUUCCGAAUUCGGAUCACUGAUUGAUCUCGAAUAUCUUGACCUAUCCACAAACAAGUUCAAUGGGUCAAUACCUAGCACUAUAAGUGACGUGUACAGAUUACACUCUCUGAAUUUGAGCAACAACAAGUUUAGUCAAGGAAUUCCUUUUCAGUUGGGAAAGCUAGUUCACUUGUCCCAACUAGAUUUAAGUCAUAACUUGCUUGAAGGUAAGAUACCUUCAGAAAUAAGCAACAUGGAGAGUUUGGAGAUGCUCAACCUUUCCCACAAUAAUCUUUCUGGCUUUAUUCCAACGAGUUUUGAAGACAUGAAUGGGUUGUCGUAUGUUGACAUAUCCUACAAUGACUUGGAGGGUCCCCUGCCCAACAGCAGUGCAUUUCGGAAUGCUGUUCCAGAAGCAUUGCAGGGGAACAAAGGACUGUGCGGCAACAUUGGAGCUCUGAAAUCCUGCAAACAUAACUCCAAAAAGGACCAUUUUGAUGGAAAAACAAUGUAUGAGGAAAUCAUAAGGGCGACAGAAGAUUUUGAUUCCAAAUAUUGCAUUGGGACAGGAGGACAUGGAAGUGUAUACAGAGCAAAUUUGUCAUCUGGCAACACGGUAGCGGUGAAGGAACUCCAUCUUCUCCACAAUGGCGAGAAUAAUUUUCAGAAGGAAUUCUUCAAUGAAAUAAGAGCACUAACUGAGAUACGACACCGGAACAUUAUGAAGCUUUAUGGUUUUUGUUCACAUAAACGACAUUCAUUUUUGGUGUAUGAGUAUCUCGAAAGGGGUAGCUUGGCCACAACGCUGAGCAAUGAUCAUGAAGCUAAAGAACUGGGGUGGAGUAAAAGGGUGAAUAUUGUUAAAGGUUUAGCUAAUGCCUUGUCCUACAUGCACCACGAUUGCUUGCCACCAAUUGUACAUCGUGACAUAUCAAGCAAGAAUGUUUUGCUGGAUUCUGAAUAUAAGGCCUGUGUUUCAGAUUUUGGCACUGCCAAGUUUUUAAAUCCAGACUCAACUAAUUGGAGUGCUCUUGCAGGCACGUAUGGAUAUAUAGCACCAGAGCUUGCUUAUACAAUGGAAGUGAAUGAGAAAUGUGACGUGUAUAGCUUUGGAGUGGUAACGUUGGAACUGAUUAUGGGAAGGCAUCCGGGAGAUCUGUUGUCAUCUUUAUCAUCUGCAUCUUUGUUGUCAUCUUCAUCAUCUGCAUUACCUGCCCAUCAAAUGCAAAUGGAGGAUAUUUUGGACCAACGCAUUUCCCCUCCUACACAUCAAGAAGCAGGGGAAGUGGUCUCUCUAGUGCAGAUAGCUUUUGCAUGCUUGAAUCCCAGUCCUCCAUCUCGUCCAACAAUGAAACAAGUUUCUCAACACCUCUCAACUCAGAGGCUGCAUUGUCCAAGUCAGUGCAUAUGA